CGUCGAGCGAGAUGAAGAAGUAUAAUUAAGUCUACGCCGCCUUCGCCUGUGUUUUUCUUCGCUCCGGGCUUCUUUUCUCAAUUCAACUCUGUCGUCUUUAUUCAAGACGCUGCAUGUUUAUUCUGCGAUUCUUAUCCCGCCGUGGAUAUAGAUAUCUCCCCUUCAGUCUGCUAUCAUGGCUGCUACUACUACUAUAAGGAACCCUAGCCAGAAGGCUACGCGACCAGUCGUCCAUUUGGUCAACACGGCCCUCGAACCGGAUCCAUCCCGACCCCGAAGCGUUCACUACAACAAAGCCUCCAACCCAUGGGACCAGUCCCCCCUUUCGUCCGAGACCUCCUUUGAAACCGACACCGACCACACCGACCAGGAUGAUGCCAGCCACCGUGAUGGCUCUGGUACUGACAAGCCGCGCCCCUCGAACAUGCCGUCGCAACAAGACACACCGGUCGGAGCGAACAUCUCAGCACCUCUUGCGUCCCCUUCCCGCCCUGCCUCCUUUAAAAGACUGCAAUAUGUGCACCCUCCCCCUCCCCCUCCCCCUCCUCCAUCUUCUUCUUCUUCUUCUCCUCCUCCUCCACCGCCGCCGCCUCCCCCGUCCGGCUUCCAACCUCCCCACCUAUCGAAUGAGGUGUCUCCUGCUCUCAACGAAGAGCUCCGCAAGAUCAUCAGACAAGAAAUGGCCGCCCUGCACUCCCAGACACAUGACAAUAGUUCCCUUCCCGAUAGUGUCUCUCGCAUCACGCCGUCCACCCUUAUGAGCCCCAUGUUUCCUGGUGCUUACUCUAGCCCACCUCCCUCAGUCACUGGAGCCUCCACUUCUUCUAGACUCACGUCGCCGCAAAGUACCAGUCCUAAGGCUCCCAACGUUAGCCCCGCGACAACCACUUCGUCUACGGCGAGCCCUCCUCCUCCCCAACGGGCUACAGUGAGGUUCCGCGACAGGGGCCCGGCCAUUGUCCAUAGCCACACGAAGACAGAGGCCGGGCCCCAUUCUCCUGCCAGGGCAACAGCCAUCCCGGAGACAACUGAUACCGAGGGGCCCUGGGGCGUUCUAUUCGAUGCAGAUGGAUACUCGACCCAAAGACUAGGUCAUAUUCUCAGGAGCCUAGCCAGCCAAGUGAUUGCCAAGAUCGGUACGACUGGCGGCAUCACUGUCACACCUGAUAAGAUGAAUACCCUGUACACUAAGUACAAAGUGGAAAAUGAAGAUUUCUCCCUCAAAGAUGCAUUCAAACCCUGCAAAAAGAACACAUUCAAUCACAUAGAAUAUCUAUACAGAGACUUAGACUGUCCAUAUCACCUCGUUCAGACAACCCCGAAAGCGCGCCCCUCCGUUCCUGGCCUUACGCCGGCAGGCUUCAUCAAGUGGUUCACCACCAGUAUGCUGGCCUACCCAGACCAAGAGUGCCGCCGUCUGAAUCGCCUGCUUGCGGACUUUGGCCCGUUGGUGAUUGUGGGAGCCGACGGCAGGGAGGAGCGCCUACCCAAGACCCUCCCACGUCAUGUUUUGCCAGCCAGUCACGACAAGAAGACGCGCCGCAUUCUUGACGAAGCGCUUAUGGACUGCCUCGAUGAUCAUGCUGCCUCGUCGCAGUUUGCUUCACCUCCUUCACCUUCUUCUUCUUCUUCUUCAAGGCCCCUUGCGACACCCAUGGCACCUGAGUUGGUCAAUAAUGGCAGACGGAUGUCUGACCCUGACCGAAGGCAUUCAGGACCCCGCGACCGAUCUGACCGAUCUGACCGAUCUGACCCAUCGACCCGGCUCGAUACGAGUCCCGAUCGCGAGGUCCCGAUGGCGCGUAUCUCACGCACACAAUCAGACAACGUCACCACCACCACCGCCACCAGCACCCGGCAUGCUCUCCCGCGGCCUCCCGUGGGCCGGCACAGACCACGCAGCCCUCCCUCCUCGGACCGGUACAGCACCAUUACCAGCGCCCCGAGCCUGUUCGGGAUCUCGUCCCUGGUGCCACGGUCCCGCGGCGGCGGCGGGGCCGGAGACGACGCGAAGUCGGUUCGUUCCUGGGCCGGGCGGGACAGGGAGAGCGAGCGGGAUCGGGAGAGGGUUGGGGAUGGGGAUGGUCGUCCCAGGCGGCGAAGCUUGGUGAUUGGGGGCCCGACCUGGGGGGACUUUUAUAGGAACGUGCCGACGACACGGGUCGGAGGGUCUGGUGCCGAGCAGGCACCGAGGGAGUAUCAUAGGUCACGGUGACGGGGGGAGACCCCGAAUUUUCCGAGCAGAUGUUUUUUUUUCGUAACUACAUUGUUAUUGUGUGUACUCAAUACAUCUCUCCGACGGGUGUUUCACAUCUUCUUUCUCUGUUGAAG